ACGGCGAACGCGAGCAAGUUCUUUGGUGUCUGGUUGCCGUUGAUGAACAAACCUUGAUAUUUCCGUCUUUUCUAACGCUAAAAAACGUCAGUACUGGUCACAAUGGCACAGUCAUCGAGGGGGAAAGAGAUGUCUGAUGACAUGGAUGAUGAUUACUGGAAUGAAAAACCUGGAAAAAGAAGAAAUUUCUUUGACGAUAAGCCAUCAUCUCCUCCGCCUGAUUCUACUGAUUCAGGCAAGAAGGAAACCCGCUGUUUUGAGCAGUCAUUGAAAGAUGCCGGCUUGGACAUCGAUAAUGAGCCAACAGAUUUCAUAAGCAUGGACGGAGGAGUGCCAAGAUUCUCAAAGGAUGCUGGAAGAACGCAAUCUGGCAGCUUCAGUAGUGGAUCAGCGACGGGCCGUCCACACUCCCUUCAAUCUGCCCGUGGCACGUCGUUGACACCCCAACCCUCUGCAGGUUCCAACUCCGUACCUGUAGAGCUGAAGACUUCACGGAGCAGCAGCGAGGUGAUGGAGGGGAGCGGAAAGAGUUCCAGUGCCACGUCAUCGACCACCAGUAGCCCAGCGGCGACCGGUCCGGGAACAGAGGGAUUGUAUGUUCAUCGCAGAUCAGCAAGUGCAUCUCUAGGAGAUAAGAAGAAUACAUCACAAUCGUCAUCUCCUGGCUCCUCACAUGGAAGUCACCAUGGUAGCUCUGCAUCGAUUGAAGAAACCACCAAGAAAGAUACCAGACCAUCCAUGACAGAGGUUGCUAAACUUCAAGCAGAGAUUCAUGCCUUACAUAGAAAAAUAAAGAGUCUUGAAAAAUCCCGCUGGUCUGCUCUUCCCGUAGCGGAUACUGUCAGUCGAAUCAUCACCGGUGAGAGGUAUUCGCUUGAACCCUACAAGUCACUAAAAGACAAGAUGACUCUCUUAGAUGCUGCUAUUGGUUUCCAUGAUGGAAAUGCUAUCAUUGCGAUAGUAAUGUUUUUGAAGAAAACGCUCAGCAAAACUUUAUUUCACAAGGAGCUGAGUAAGAGACCAGAGGCUGUCAACCAAUACAUAUCAUUCCUAAAAUCUUACCAGUCUAAGGAGGAGUCCGUUGCAGCUGAAUUAGGAGCACUAGGAAGAGUUGAAGAAGCUGCAUUGUGGAGGUAUAAACUAGCCAGCCAGACUGAACUCCCGCAGCAAAGGCUCACUAGAAUAAUGGACUGCAAUUCGAUGUACUUCCAGCGCAAAGAAUCUUUAGCCACCGAAAAUGAAAUAAUCAAAGAACAAGUUUUGCUUCUCAAUAAGCAACUGCAGAUUGAGCCUAGAGAUCAGAGGUAUCAGAUGGAAGGAAGGUUUCCAUUCCGAGAGCUCCCUAGGAAGACGUCUUUAUACUUUCAGCCAGUCAUCACAACUCUCUUCUACUGUUGCCUCUACCAUUACGCUAGUCAGGAGUCUGACAUGAGCAAUCCACAAACUCUGAAGAGAGAAUUCAACCUUUCAGAUAAACAGUUCCUAUUCCAAGCACUGCUGGCCAGGGCAAGACUCAAGGAUUGGACCCAGGUAGAAGCCCUAUUAACUUCCAAAAACUGGUUAGGUAAAGCUAAAAUGAAGGCAGCAGUCACUUUCAGUCAAGUUGUUUAUAUCCUUGUAACAGUCAAAGCGCCAACAGAGAUCAUUGCCAAAUAUAUGAUGCUGAUUGAAGACAAAGAGUCACGAAUUGCCAUGGCAACCAAGUUCAAGAUUCAUGUAGUAGUGAUAGACACUCUUGCCCAGCUCAAGGACCGUCAGCGUCUACUUGCAUACAGACCGCAGUGUAUCAACACACCAGCGGAUACGCACUUUGAAAUUGUCCUAAGGAAUACAGAUCACAAAUGGAAGAAUUGAACUUGGAGUUGAUGUGUAGUCAUUUCCAAUAAAAUGAUCUCUUUUCUGUGAAAGGAAAUUUGAUUUUAAAAGCGGAAGUAUGCUGCAUAACUAGUCAGAAGGUUUUAUGUAAAAGUACUUUUCAUAAUGAAAAAUCAAAUGUCUCAAAUUUAUAUGGGAUCAAGAUGGUACAUACAUGAAAUGAAAUAUUACCAGUCUCUAGUUUUUCCACACACUGAGGAGAUUGAACACACCAAAGAUGUAUUCUUAUAAUUUAGAAUAUAAACAGAAAAAUUUGCAAUAGUGCUAUUGUGGUUGGUGGUAAUUAAAGCCCAACUACUAAGAAAGCAUGAAUGCUCGUUUGUAAGCAAACAGAGAAUUGACAGUUUAAGGUCCUUUCCAAGGGACAUGGUUAUGAGCAUAAAUGCCCGACCAAAAGAUACUUCAUUGUUUAAAUGUGGACCUGGAAUUUUUUAUCACAGAUAUCUGCAAUAUCGAUAUUUAGUACAUUCCGCCCAAUUUCUGAUUAUAUCCAGACUUUGUAAGUUCUCAUUUUUUUAGUGGGAACCUAGUAUUCACAAUAUUAUAUUAAUCUGUUAUUAAUGAGUGGAUGACUUACCAGUCUGUAAUAGUUAACCGUUGAUAUAUCUGACAAGCCUCAGGUAAGCAUUAUGGUUCUCAAGGAUAACCUUGAUUUGAACAGUAUAUGCAUAGAAUUCGGGUAUAUUAAAUGGUUAUUAACAUAUAAUUUUAUGGUAUGAAAUUGGGUAUUUAAUGACUAUACUCAUAAUAUACAUGUUUAUCAGUACAAGAGUGUCUUAAUUUCUGUAUGAUGAAAAAAGGUGCAGCCAGUUGAGUUUUAUAUAAACUUGUAUGAACAUCUAAGCAAGCCGACGGACGAAUAAAUUAUCAGGGGUUUUCUUUACACUGCUUCAGAAAAAAUUCGAUAUUUUUACUUGAUAAACGAAAGUUGCAUCUUCUAAAGCAAAGUUAGAUAAAUAUUGCCAGUUCCACGGAAUUGUGUUGAUGCUUGAGGUAAUCCCUUUUCCGUUGUUUUAAAAAAGUAUUUGUCGGGCGGUAAGAUCGUGCCAAGUAGCAUAGCAAAAUGUGAUCAGAUGUUUGAUUAAAGUAAAACAAGAUUACAGUAGGACUAAACAUCUAAGCCGGCCGACGUGAUGGGUCAAUGGGUCUUUGUCUUCAUUUGGGUGUAUAUAAGAAAUAAAAAAUGUGUAAGUAGCCACUAGUUUUAGAAUAUUCUUCGCCUGGUUAUGUUACAUCUCGAUCGUGAAUAGGCAGAAAUCUCAAGGUAGAUCAAAUAGGUCUGAGGUUUGGAAGCAUUUUUGGAUAGAUGCGCAAGAUGACAGUAAAGCUAUCUGUAUACACUGUCAGCGCUCAUUUUCUAGAGGAAAGACAAAAGCAAACUACACCACCACAAACCUGACACGGCACUUACAAUCUUGUUUGCAAUGUCCACGGCCAGGCGAUCAAAAUGAAGGGUCGACAUCAGCUGCAUCAUCAUCAUCAUCUUCAUCACCAACUUCGACCGUGAUGCUGAACCGACAAACCUCAGUGGUUUUGUUUCUAGUUCCAAAUAGAGCAGGAUAUGGGCGGAACCAUCCAUGGCAAUUGACCUCCGACCAUUCAGCAUGGUUGCGACAACAAAGGAUUUCGGGAACUUCUCCACACUCUAGAUCCCCGAUAUCAUAUACCAUCUCGACCCGUCUUUUCCGAGAACAUCAUCCCGAAUCUUUACAGAGGUGAAACAAGGUUUUAUCAUAAUUUUAAAAAUCAUUUGAGCUCAAACAGAAGUUAUGUGGAAAAAUAACAACUUUUUUGUUGCAUGAAAAUAAUGAUUUUCUUUCA